GCGCCCCGCCCUGCGCUGGCGAAGGUCUGAUAAGGCAGAUCAACAAGGCUGAAGCUUCAUGGCUCGUUUUCCCUCCAACAGGAAUUAUUGACCUUUUUCUGGCUCCUUUCAGCCGUUUGGCUUAGAUGAAGUUAGUUAAAGUUAGUUAAAGUGAGUGAGUUAGUUACAGGGUCAGUUAGCCGUUUAGCUAAAGCAGUGAUAAAAUGGUUGAUGACUGCGGGGAAGAGUCUCGGUGACUUGGGGCAGGAUGCUGUCCAAGAAGGAGAAAAAGCUGAUUAAGGAGAUCUGGGAGCGUCUGACUCCGGUGGCUGCAGACAUCGGCUCUGACGCGCUGCUCAGGAUGUUUGCUUCGUAUCCGGGCACCAAGACGUAUUUCUCCCACCUGGACAUCAGCCCUGGCUCCGCCCACCUCUGCUCCCACGGGAAGAAGAUCGUCCUCGCCAUCGCCGAGGGCGCCAAGGACAUCAGCCAGCUGACCGUCACGCUGGCGCCGCUGCAGACGCUGCACGCCUACCAGCUGCGGAUAGAUCCCACCAACUUCAAGGUCAGGCUGGGGUCUGUGGUCAGGGUCAGAGGUCAGAGCUGCUCUCUCACUGUAUGCUCGUCACGCUGGCCUGCUACCUGGGGUCAGAGUUCACGCCGGUCGCUCACGCUGCGAUGGAUAAGUUCCUGUCAGCCUUUGCAGCCGUUCUCUCUGAGAAAUACAGAUGAGACUCAGCCACCAUUCUGGAUCAUAUUUACAUGUAAAUGAUGUAUUGUGUUAUUGUUUCAUGGUUUUCUUAUAAUAAACAGCUGCAGCAUAAAUGA